ACGGAAGUCCAUGAGCAACGUGCCCAUGGUCCCUUUCCUCUCAAUCUAUCUACACUCUGCUCAAAUUCAGCACUUUCACCAAAACUCAAAUAUAGCAAAACAAAGGCAGUGGUAACUGAUACCUGUGAUGGGUGUAAGCAACAAUAUAACCGCAGUUCUAAACAUCAUAGCAAUAUUAGCCUCAAUACCAAUCAUAGCUUCCGGAAUUUGGCUAGCUUCAAAACCAGACAACGAAUGCAUAGCCAAUUUCCGAUGGCCCAUUGUCAUAAUCGGCAUCCUUGUCUUCCUCGUUGCUUUAACUGGUUUUAUAGGUGCUUAUUAUAACAAAGAAGGUCUCUUAGCACUUUACCUUUUUGCUAUGGCACUUUUAAUCGCUCUUCUACUCAUCAUCCUCGUUUUCGCCUUCGUUGUUACUAGACCUGAUGGAAGCUAUGUUGUUCCUGAUAGAGGGUACAAAGAGUUUAGGUUAGAUGGGUUUUCUUCUUGGUUGAGGCACCGUGUUACUGGUUCUGGGAGUUGGCGGAAGAUUAUGCCGUGUUUGGCUGCUUCUGAUGUUUGUAUUAAACUCACCCAGAAUUAUAUCACUGCUGAUCAAUUCUUUAACUCUCAUAUCUCUCCCUUACAGUCGGGAUGUUGCAAACCUCCAACUGUUUGUGGAUACAGUUAUGUGAGUCCCAUAAUGUGGACAAACCCUGUGAAUCCCAUGGCUGAUUCCGAUUGCAACUUGUGGAACAAUGAUCAGAACCAGCUAUGCUACAAUUGUAAUGCUUGUAAGGCUGGUCUACUUGGGAACCUAAGAAAAGAAUGGAGGAAAGCAAAUAUUAUUCUCAUCGUUGCUGUAGUUGUUCUUAUAUGGGUUUAUGUCAUUGCUUGCAGUGCUUUUAAGAAUGCUCAAACAGAAGACCUCUUCACCCGUUACAAACAGGGUUGGGUAUGAAUUUUAUCAUCUUUCCUCACAAUCUACGUAGCACUGAGAAUUUAGGUAAAAGACAUGUUCGACACUCUACGCUGCCUGAUAUACACACGACACAAACACUUGCUGGUUAUAACCUAUCACUUUUUUCCUUUUAAAAUCACUACUAAUGUUUAUGUGCCAAUAUCAGUGUUGUGUGCUGCUGCUAUGUCUCACAGCUCACGAGUCACAAGUUUCAAAUUUUUUAACGUUAGUCUUUCUGUCUUUUGGUUCUCAAUAUUUUUUCCACGCUCAUGUUGACAAAAAAA